AUGGCUAAGGAUGUCGCAUUUAACUUUUCUGGGCAAGAAAGCAUUAAAAAUGAAAAAUUAAUAUAUCCAGCCGCAACCAGAAACCAAGAACCAAUUUUGCAAGUCUUGAAGAGGUUUCUAAUCUGCGAUGUUGAUUCUAUUGAAGAUGAAGAAAGCCCAUUGUUCUUGGAGAUAGCAUCUGGUUCUGGGCAGCAUGUGGCUCAUUUUGCUCCUCACUUCCCCGGAGUCAAGUUUCAACCAUCAGAAGUGGAUGACAGUUUACUAGGCAGUAUAACUUAUUAUGCUGAGAACUGUAAAACAAAAAACAUUCUUCUUCCUAAACAAAUUGACAUCUGUAAAAAAUUAUCCAGUUAUGGUUUUGAAGAAAAUAGUGUUGACUACAUGUACAGUGCUAACAUGAUUCAUAUUAGUCCAUAUGCAUGCACAAUUGGCUUAUUUGAAAAUGCUGGAAGCUUCCUGAAACCAGAUGCACUGAUGAUUACUUAUGGACCUUAUAGCAAAGAUGGUGUAAUUACACCCGAGAGCAAUGUUCAAUUUGAUGCAUCACUCAAAGCACGAAAUCCUGCUUGGGGUCUAAGAGAUAUCACAGAUCUAGUCAAACUAGCAGAACAAAACAAUCUAACUUUAAUGGACACCAUCGAAAUGCCUGCUAACAACAAAACUUUAAUAUGGAAAAAGAAUUAA